AUGGCAGUAAUUGAUUAUUGCAUUUCUAGGAGAGAUGAGAAAUACGGGGUAUGCAGAUGGGAUGAGCAUUAUAACACUUCGAGAGGCUGGUGUCAAUCGUGUGAUCCUUUUGAGAUGACUCAAACAUGGACAAGCGAAAGUAUUGAUGUAGAUGAUUGUAUCAAAGAGUUUCAAUUUAUGGCCACCGAAUAUGAUAAAGUAAUAGAAUGGAUCCCUUUUGAUAGAUUAAAUAAUAUACAACAGAUCGGGAAAGGGGGAUUCGGUGAAGUUUUUUCCGCAAACUGGAUAGACGGAAAAAGAAAGGUUCUAAAUGACGGCAAAGGAUUCAUACAGUCUCGAACAAAAUCUUACUUAGUCGCACUCAAGACUUUAUCUAGUUCUUCGAAUUCAAUGGAUUUCUUAAAAGAAUUUAAAAAUCACAUGCGGUGUAGAUUAAUGGGGAGUAGCCUUGAAGUAUAUGGAUUAACCAAAAACACAAUUACAAACCAAUAUAUGAUAGUUUUUCAAUAUGCCAACAAUGGUAAUCUUCGUCACUAUUUAGAAACGAAUUUUAAAGAACUUACUUGGAAAGACAAAUUAUUACGACUGAUGGAUAUAUCAAAAGAUUUGUCUCUAAUCCAUGAAGCAAAAUAUAUUCAUUGCGAUUUACAUAGUGGAAACAUUGUAUUACAUAAAGAGGGAUCGUGGAUUGAAAGAUUAAAGACUUAUAUUAUAGAUCUAGGAUUGUCCAGGAAAAACGAAGGGACUCCCGAAUUUUAUGUCGAAUUUUCGGAACUGUGUAUGAAUUUUGAUCCACAAAAACGGCCUACUGCUGAAGAAAUUUUUCAUAAGUUAGAAGAAUGGUAUAAUUUGAUUAAUGAGUUUGAUGAAACUGAAAAUUACGACGAUACUCAAGAGCUUGACAGAUUUGAAUUUGAUGAAAUCGAUGAAAUCGAUGAAUCAAAGGUAGAAAUGUUUAAUAAAUUCUUAGAAUCUGAUGAAAUAGUUAAACAGUUACCAAUGGCCAUGAAAAUACACCAAGAUUCUGAGUAUACAAGAAAAUUUAUUAAUACGGAUAUUAUUUCCGAACGGUAUUGGGAAGAUUCAAAGAUGAAUUGA